AUGAGCGCGCGCUCGAGCUACAGCGGCUCGCCGCGGCAGCUCACAGUGAAUCAGAUGAAUCAGCUGUCGAUCCGCAGCCUCGAGGAGCUCAACCAGCUGUCGCAGGCCACGCGCGAGUUUGGCGAAGUGUACGCGGGCAGCAGUCCCCGCCGCGACGCGACCGCGCGGCGCAGUCCGCAGUUCCUCCAGCGCGUGUUUGACCCUUUGGAGAAGACGCGGCGCGACGAGGAGCGUCUGUUCCUCGUGCGCCUCUCGGGCAUCCAGUGCCGCAACCUCCAGGGCGGGCGCUUUAGCGGCAAGAGCGACCCGUACGUCGAGUUUCACUGGGACAGCGACCGGCCGGUGGACGUGAGUGCGUCGAGUGCGUCGCAGCGAAAAGAGCGCCUCAGUAGCUGUGCAACGGCCGACGCCACGCGCGUGCCGCCGUUUGCUACGCCCGUGAUCAAAGCCGACUUGAACCCGAACUACAAGGGCGUGCUCAUUACCUUUGAGUACAAGGCGACGCUGCGGGCGCUCGCGAGCAAGUUCUUGACGGUCAAGGUGUUUGCCAGCAAGUUGUUCCAGGCCGACCAGCUGAUUGGCCAGACGCACGUCGACUUGUGGAGCAUUGCCACGGGGCCGGUCCACCACGACCACCACUUGACGGGCUGUGAAAACGGACGCGUGGUGUUCAAUUGCUACAUGGAACAGUGCAGUGAGUGGGACAUUUCAGUGAGCGACGUGGGGGUCAUGAUGCCGGCCAUUGCGAACGAAUUGGACCGACCAGAAGGCCAUGACUUUCAAGAAGACGCGUCGUUGCCGCUGAAGAAGUUUGGCGUGAGCUACAAGUGCACGAUUGGCAUUAACGAGAAGUUUUACAUGGGCAAUACGCUCAAGCACGCAGUGAAGCGCGAGAUUGGCGAGAUUGACGAAGUUAGUUUCCAGGCGUUGGCUCGGUUAGCAGUCUUGUCGUCUCGUGUGUCGCGACCAAACACGCAAUCAAAGAGCGACGCCGGUGCCGACGAUGAAGUUGCUGCUGACUUGCUGGUCGCUCAAGACCCGAUCGGUGUGGGAUGGACGACAUCGUCGGACUACCUGCCUCCGAUCAAGCGGUACAGUACGUUUGACGAACUCAUGUCGGCAACGCUGACGUUGGAGGUUCGCCAGCUGUUAGUAGGUCGAGGUCAAAUGUCGACGGAUGCAGAUGAAGAGUUUGUGGGCUUGCUGGACAAGUACAAGAGCGAUACAUUGGCAACGUCAAGCACAGAUAUUCAGUUUGACGAAGAGAUCAAAAACACGAUCUUGUUCGGGCAAACGUGGCUUUCGUUGGAGAAAAUUUUCGAAGACGCAUUCCAAGAGCGGAUCAAGAAAAAGCAUGAUGCUGAUUCCGGUGACGAGACAAACGGGUUAGGAUAUCCCGACCAGUUUGUCACGAGCAAAUUCGAACACAGCCUCACAUUGAAGGGUCAUCAAGUUGGAGUAAUAUAUGGCACUAUCUUGUUCAAGCGCAUUCCCGACGUACGACAGCUCCGAUGUGGCGUGAACAGUGAGAAUGGUAUUUCUUCGUCAAGCGCUGUGAUUAUCGGAGCAGCAGCGGCAGGGCCUAAGAAGAACUUGCGCAGAUCGAAGGUGGUGAUCCCGAUAGAAGCUCAGCGUGUGUUGGAGAAAACGCAAGAUUUGGUGGAGCUGAUGGCAAACCGUCAAAAAGAUGACCAGGAAGCCAAGGUGCGGAAGGCGACAAAAAUACUGAAAAUGCUGCAAGUUUCGCACAAAGCGUCAAUGCUGUCGUGGGUGUACGUGUCUGCCAAGGCGCUGGAAGAGACGAAAAACAUUUUGUUACGGCUGUGGCAAUUUUUGCUGGAAAACAUUCGCGUUCGUCACUACACACUCAGGAAUGUGUUUUACGAGCUGCUUUUCUAUUUGGUAAAACGUGCCGAGCUGAGUGACUUACCGUUGCUGGGCUUUGACACGACUAUGGUGACAACGUUAUUGGGGAUCAAGCAUACGCACAAGGUUUCAAAGAAGGACCUGGAGUUUGCGCUGAAGUUGCGGGCGAUGCUCGUAGAGACCAAGUUUUGCGUCCUUCAGACGGUCUCUGUUCGUGGUGUGAUGAACAACAACCUGAUGUUUUUUGUAGCGAGAAUGUUAUCAGUUCUGUGUUUUCGGCUUCCGAGUUUCGGCGUGGAAAUAUACCAGUUGUGGUCGGAAUCAUACAAUGAACCGGUACCUGAGCUCGCCGCUGAGUUUCGAAUGAACGCCGUUGCAGAUUUGUUUGCAAUGGAUGGUUUGGAAGCUCAUUUGGACUGGCGACGGUUCCACAAAGCCGUUUUCGACGAGUACGGGGAGAAAGUGCUUCGGCAUCAAGAAGAGGAAGCGGAAGACAAGUACGAGAUAACUUCCGAAGCAUGGAAAUCGCGCUUCCGUCGGCUCGUCGGAGAGGCAAAUACGCUGAAUAUCUUGUUGGUGGAUCAGUGGUUGUGGUAUGUCCUGGACACGUUGGCUGUCCUCAAUCGAAAGAUUGGGUGGGUCCACUUGCCUGGAUACACUCAAGUGCUGAUGGUCUUCUUUCUGGAGUUGAAGACACAAAAGUCAGGCUGGCUUCCACCAACCCUUUACAAGUUAUCGUGCACGAUGCUGUCAAACUCGAGCUUGAUCAACCCCAUGACCAAGUUCUUGCUGAGCAGCACCAGCGUGCAUGACGUCUCAGCGGUUAUCGGUACUGUCGAACUGCUCGGAGUGUGGAUGUACAUGAUUCGGAGUUGGCGCGUUCGUCUAAGUUCGUAUUGCUUGUCGCAUUUGGAAAACAAUGAUCGCUGGAACUUCCACCAAGACGACCAAUACUCGAUUCCAGCCGGUGACGAGGUGUCAUUGCUUCCGCCGUCGUUCGAUUUUCGUUUCCUGUGUGCUGCAUUACGCAUUUUGCUGGACUCGGAACAUACUCAGGUUGUGUUGACAACGCUGGAGCUUUUGUACAACUGUUGGGAUUGCUUCCCGGAGCGACAUGCGGAAAAGCUUCGUAUUGAGCUGCUUCGGUCCUUCAUUCGACUGUUCCUACACUGGCACCGUGAAGUGCGUAGUUUCUUCCACACACUGAUUGCUUUCCGCGCUAUGAAGCCACAUGGAUGGACUCAGAAAGGGGCAUCGUUCGUGGACACACCGCCGCACAGCCGUCGACAAAUCGACGCCGUUGCUGCUGACUUCAACCAAUCUCUUGGAACCGAAGAGCCAAGUGAUACUGUGCGACGCUCGCGUUCGUCCAGUGCAAGCAACCUGGCAGAUUCUGGACACAAGCGACUCAGCUCGUCGUCACCGCGCUCAUCUCCACGAUCAGGAUCCAAUUUGUCCAUUACAAUAUCGUCACCAAGUAGCCGCGGGUUUGGCAGUGGCCACAGCACCCCCACUUCGGACUACAAAAGCGGAGACAGUUUUCAGUUAGACCGGCCGAAAGGACGCAGUGCAUCGGAAGACGGUCUCAACCGGUCGGAGUCCCUACAGCCCAAAAUGGACUCGAACAUUCAACUGAAGUUCAACCGACUGCUCGAGUCAGUCUACGUUGCUGCCAAAACAUACAUCGAGCGCCAGAGCGAGAACGGAAACCUGUUGCGAAAGCAGACGAUGCAGGCUACGUGGAAGAAGAAGGGUGUGCUGCUUAAGCAAGGGGCUAUUUACAAGACCACUUGGGAGAGCAAGUACUUUUCGCUUCAGAACAACAAGCUGGGUUACGCCGACACCGAACAAGGCCCAAUCAAGCGCGAGAUGAACGUUAUCGGCAGCGUGGUCUCGGAAGUGUCGAACCAGCUGGACCACUCUCAGGGAACGCGAGCUGUGCUCUUUUACUGUUUUUCCGUCGAUAGCGGUUACCAGAAGUUUGUGUUGUGUGCUCCAUCAUUUGAGGAGCAGCGGGAGUGGAUGGAAGUGUUGGCACAAAAUGCAACUGCGGAGACGGCGGUGCGAAGAGAUAACGAGACGCUGUCGCAGGUAGAUGUAGCGGAAGUGUCCGACCAGCUGGAGUCGCUGACAGGGAAGCACACGGCUGCGGAUAACGUGCCCGAGUCGUUGUUGCCGUACUCGGUGCUUGCUGUCAAAGAGUGGCUGAACUUCCGAGUAGCAGCAAUGGAGAUCGAAAGCAAACUGGCUGCUGGUCAGCCGUUCCACAUGCCAGUGCUGCUAUCCAAGUCGUCCUUGUAUGCGGAUGAUGAUUGA